UCACACAACAACUUUUCCUUCUCUUCACUUCACUUCUCUCAGCCCUUUUUUACCCAGGAGGCCGGCUUCCAUUUCGACCAAAAGUGCCAUCCACAGUUGCAACGACAAGCAGAUCAUCACCACUUCAGAAACGAUAUCCUGACGCAGCUUGCUCGAAGCCGACUUUUCGUCUACAAGUCUUUCACACAACCACACAUUAGUCACCAUGAGGACCUCUACCGUUGUCAUUCUGGCUCUGGCCUCGUCCGCCACUGCCCUGAACCUCGGCCUCGCGCCUGUUGCCAACGCGAUCCUGCACCCCCGCCAGGGAAACACGGGCGGCGGCAACGCAGGCAACGGCACCCGCAACGGCGGUGGUAGCACGGGCGGCGGGAACGCAGGCAACGGCACCCGCAACGGCGGUGGUGGCACGGGCGGCGGCAACGCAGGCAACGGCACUCGCAACGGCGGU